UGACAUCUUUCAUUUGGGCAUAAGAUUAAAAUGAUUUUUUCUGUCACAAUGACUGAAGGAUCGAAAAACUUAUUGGAUUACAUAACACAAGGAACUGAUAAAUUUUUGCGUGUGUCAAUUAUCUGAAUUAUCUCGUUUUGAUACGUCGCACGCCGGUAUAUAAUCACCAGACACAGAAGUAGUCCUAAAAAUGUUUUUCAAAGUUCUGGUAUUGAUUUUUUGCCCUGUGUUGGCGCAAGACAGCCAUGAGGGAAAAGCAAAUACGUUUACGAGCUAUUGGAAUAUGCCAACAUUCCAAUGUGCACGUUACAAACUAGGAUUUGAAAAACUUGGAGAGAAAUACAAUAUUCUCCAGAAUAAAAACGAUGUAUUUCAGGGCGAUCAAAUGACCAUUCUCUACCACCCAGGGUCGUUUCCCGAAAUCAAAUCGGAUGGAAAUUUAACAAAUGGUGGCGUCCCUCAAGAAGCAAAUUUGACGGAACAUCUUCAACUUUUUGAAGAAACCUUUAAUCGGUCAAUUCCCGAUGUUCACUUCGCAGGCAUGGGUAUCAUAGACUUUGAGCACUGGAGACCGGUCUACAAUCAAAAUUUCGGUACACUCAACAAAUAUCGUGAGCUUUCCGAAGAAAUUGAAAAGAAACUGCAUCCUUCAUGGUCUACAGCAGAAAUUAAAGCUGAAGCCCGGAGAAGAUUCGAACUUCAUGGCCGGAUGUUCAUGGAGAAGUCUGUGCUACUAGCACGAACGUUAAGGCCAAAAGCUACGUGGGGUUACUACGGAUUUCCACACUGUUUUAAUCACAAGAUGCUGGACACGUGCGGCGCAAACAUCGAGGCCCAAAACGAUAACACAACCUGGUUAUUCUCAGCCUGCGACACCAUCAACCCAGCGCUAUAUGUAUAUGGAGAAGAUAAAGCCACACAAGAUCAGUGGAAAGAUUGGAUUAAAGGAAGAGUUAAGGAGGCGCAACGAGUUAGAGACGGAGUAAAAGACGAAAAACGGCGCACUGUCGUACCGUACUACACACUUCUAGAUCCAACUACCGAUGAGUUUUUAUCAAAGGAAACCAUAGUAAAUUCCAUAUCUACCCUUCGGGAUCUGAAAAUUGACGGGUUGAUAAUUUGGGUUUCCAGUUCGCAUGUAAACUCAAAACAGAAAUGUGAAGAUCUGUAUAAGUUCAUUGAUACCGUUUUUGGGCCAGCUUUAAUUAAUUAAUUGAUCUAACAUUGUAAUUAAUAAAUGUCCAUGUGAUAAAAGCUAAUAUGUAUUUACAAAAAUUCUUCAGUUAAUUAAUAACUU